UCAAAACGUCUGAACAAAGUGUUUUAUUGAGCCGCAGCUUGAUUGUUUUUUCUGUAUCUAAUGUUUAAGCGACAUUAGUUCAUGACUGCAGAGGGUUUUUAUGACCUAUUUAUUUGAGAAACUGUCGCACUUUACGACCAACUGAAGCGAUGGAGUUGUCACCUGUCUGCACUGAAGGAUGUGUUACUAAAUCUGACAGAAGUCACAGGAAAAGUAAAGUCUCAAGGGAUGUGGAGAUUGACAUUGAGCUCCUCUGCAAAGCUGUCCCUCAGCUUGCUAAGGUUUUCCGCAUCAUAGACAAAAUUGGAGAAGGUACGUUCAGCUCAGUGUACCUGGGGGAGGCUCAGAUGCGGGACGGGAGGAGAGAGAUGUUUGCCCUCAAGCACCUCAUCCCAACCAGCCAUCCUACACGCAUUGCAGCUGAGCUCCAGUGUCUCACUGUUGCUGGAGGCAGUGAGAAUGUGAUGGGUGUGAUGUACUGCUUCAGGAAGGAGGACCAUGUAGUGAUUGUCAUGCCUUAUAUGGAGCAUCAAGCCAUUGUGGACAUCAUUGGCUCAUUAAGCUUUGAAGAAGUCCGUCUGUACAUCUAUCACCUGCUGAAGGCCCUGAGACACAUUCAUCAGUUUGGUAUAAUCCACCGAGACAUCAAACCAAACAAUUUCCUCUACAACAGGAACACCAAGAUGUAUGCCCUAGUGGACUUUGGCCUGGCUCAGGGAACAGCUAACACUCAGAUCGAGCUGCUGAAGGUGGUGAGGCAGAGGCCAUCACAGAAAGGUGGAGGGUCCACGGGGAAACAAGAUGCUACGCAGCGGAGCAAAGCACCACCUAGACUCCCUAACACCACCACCACAGCUUCCACCUCACUACCUCUGCCUCCACGACAAUCUGCAGCCCUGGCACCUUCCUCCUCCUCUUCCUCUACCACCACCACAUCCUCACCAGCCUCUCGGAGAGCACUUGUUAAAAAAGCACGUUCUGUCACCAGCACAGUCACCACCUCCACCUCUCGCACAAAGCACACAAAGGAUUUGACAGGUCUACGUAAAGUGCCACGACCUGUGUUUGGAGAGAGGAACCUCAACAGCUGCGCUCCAGCUCCGUCCACCACCAUUAAGACAGAGCUGGUAAAACCCAGUAAAACCGAGGACCUAGUCAGUCGAAGAUACUCUUCAGCCAGCCGGGGCCCGCUGCCUGUCAGGACUCAGAGCAGCAGUCAGAAACCUCAGAGGAGCGUACACCAGGCUCUCACCUGUAACUGUCACCUAACCGACCGAGUCUGCAACAUCUGCAUGUCCAGGAAGCAGCAGGUGGCUCCCAGGGCUGGAACUCCAGGUUUCAGAGCACCAGAAGUCCUCACAAAGUGCCCCAACCAAGGGACAGCCAUAGAUGUAUGGUCAGCUGGUGUGAUCCUGCUCUCUCUGCUCAGUGGACGUUACCCGUUCUUCAAAGCCAGCGAUGACCUGAUCGCUCUCACUCAGAUCAUGACUAUACGAGGCUCCAGAGAGACCAUCAAGGCUGCAAAGACAUUUGGCAAGGCGGUGUUGUGCAGUCGGGAACUUCCUCGGCAGGAUCUCAGGACGCUGUGUGACACGCUGAGGGGACGGAGACCAUCAACAGAUGAUGAGAUCACACCUGUUACCGAAGCCAUCAGAGACUCAACUACCACCCUUCAUCAUAAAAUCCAAGACAGUACGCCUACACACCGUCCCACUGAGGGAACAUUUAAGAAACACAAAGGUGAAACUCCUCCGCCUCUCUCAGACCAUACUUGCCUCCAAGCCCACCAGGAUAAUUCAGGAUGUACAAAAACUUCCUGCACGGUGCAGGAUGAUGAGCGAGGUUGGGACAGAGUUCCUGACGAGGCUUAUGACCUGUUGGACCGACUGCUAGAUCUCAACCCAGCCACCAGGAUCACAGCUGCCCAGGCCCUGCAGCACUCGCUGUUUAAAGACUUGUGAAACCACAUAACCAGGAGCCUCAUGUCAACAUUACACAGCUUUAUAUUAAUCUGUAACUCAACGGGCAGGUUUAUCCAUUCCUGCUAGACACGUUCAUAAUUAAAUAGACAGGUUUUAAUAUUAAUAUCUAUUCAAGACAGGCUCAGUUGUUGAUUCAUAGGUCUGCAUUUGUGAGUUAAAAGUUUUCAUUGCAGCUAUGGUGUAGUAUAGGGAUGUAUAAAUAUGUGUUGUGAGGUAUAAACAAGAACAGAAAGUAUUAACUGACAACAUUAUACCAGCAUGACUAUCAGCUGUCCAUGGCUGAAGAAUUUUACAUGUAUAUAAAAUAAAACCGCUACAAACUAUUCGCUGAAAUAAACCUCCAACCCUUUCGCUGACUUCUACUGUGAAGACAUACAAUCAGCUACCACACUGUCUGAUUAUAUCACUUCUGUUUUAUGUUUUGUACUUCUUUUAUUCUGAAGACCAAAAAAGGAAAAUACAGAACUCAAAGAACCUGUUUGCUACAUGCUGCAGUAAUGCAUUGGGUCAAGUACGUCCUUUCUUAUACAUUUAAAAAUGUUUUUAAAUAAGAGAGACGAGAAGUAUUCCUGUUAAUCUGAACCAGGUAUGGUCCAAUGGGAACUUUUAUUUACUAGUGUCAAUGCUGCCAACAUGUUUUUACCUAUGUAUAGAAGAGACCCUUAACAAAUCAAAGGGCUUUAUU